CUGGGUGCCAGUGGAAAAUUCUAAAACUUCAGAAAAUCCCUGGAAAACUAGGGAAAACCUGAAAUCAAGGAAACACAAGCAUUUUCCCAGCGACUGUCUGGCAGCUCUUCAUCGAGUGUGACCAGGUGGCGGUGGAAUCUUGAACAUCGGUCCCACUGGCAUUCCAAAAAAGCGACUAACAACAAAACACGGCUUGGGCAUUUUCCUCCGCUCGCGCCGCCCGCUUUAACACCGAACAGCACGUGCCCGCCGCCUCCGGGACAGGCGAAAGAUGAUCAACGGACGCUAUGGCAGGUUCGGUGCACUCAUCGGCGUCGCGUACGUGAGCAGCACCCACUGCCGCUUUCUGAUUUACUCAACCAAGAAUGCCGAGGUGCUGGCCUACCACGAGCAGAAGCUGCGCCAGAUCGUCCAUCAGGCCGGCUGGCUGGAGUACGACCCAGCGGAGAUAUGGAAGCAUAUGCAGGAGUGCAUUGAGACUGCAUACAAGAACCUGGUGAUACUGGAGAUCAAUCCGCAUGACAUCAUCGCCGUGGGCAUCGUCAAUCAGCGCGGCACCUCGGUGUUGUGGAACAAGCAGACGGGUCAGCCGCUGCACAAUGCCAUCGGCUGGUCCGAUUGCCGCAGCAAUGCCAUCCUGAAGACGCUGCUUCACAAUGUCCGGCACAAUGUGGACUACGUGCGUUAUCGCAGCGGCCUGCCGUUGAGCAGUUGUUUCAGCGCUUUGAAGAUUCGCUGGCUGCUGGAUCACGUUCCUUCUGUGAGCAGUGCUAUUAAGGAGGAGAAAUGCCUGUUCGGCACUCUGGACUCGUGGCUGCUGUGGAACCUAACCGGCGGAGUGGAGACGGGUGUGCACUCCACGGACCUCACCAAUGCCCACUACACCGGCCUCAUGAACCUCUCAACGCAGCAGUGGGACUCGAAGCUCUGCCAGUUCUUCCGCCUGCCAAUCAACAUACUGCCACGAAUACGUUCCAACUCGGAGAUAUUUGGCUAUGUGCUGGAGGGUCCGCUGUUGGGCGUUCCCAUUGCGGGCAUGAUGGGCGAGCAGCCCGCCUGUCUGUUGGGCCAGCUCUGCGUAAAGGCCGGCCAGAAUGUCUGCACGCUGGACGACAGUUGCUUUGUCCUGCUAAACACGGCCAAGGAGAAAUUGGACUCGGCUACUGGCCUCAUUACGGGCAUAGCGCACAAGCUGGGCCCCGAGGAGGCCACCAACUACACUCUCGAGGGCGCCAUCUCCAAUGCAGGCUCCACGGUCACCUGGCUGCGCGAAAAGCUGCGCAUCAACACUGAGAUUAAUUCCAACGACAAUGUGGUGGAAUCCCUAAAUACCUUUAUCGGUGAGAACUCUAUGAUCUCGUCCUCCUGCUCCUCUUCCAUGCUAAACGUCGAGUGCGGACUGGCGGCCAAGCGUUCGGAAAUCACUCUGGUGCCGGCCUUUCAUGGCCUGUAUGCUCCCUACUGGCGGCACGAUGCCAGAGGGAUCAUAUUGGGCCUUAGCAGCCAGACGACAGCGGAGAAUAUCACGCAGGCUGCGUACGAGGCGACUGGCUUCCAGAUUUACGAAGUACUGCAGGCAUUCAGGAGGGACACGCCCAACUGGGACCGUUCCAGCAUUCAGUCUGUGCUCACAUUUGGCGGCGAUUACGCCGAGAACACACAUCUGGUGCAGUUCAUUGCGGACAUAAUUGGCUGCAUGCUGGAGCGGCCGCAGACCACCUCGCCGGCGGGACUAGGCGUCAUGAUAGCCGCUGGCGUGACCAUGCAGGUGGUGUCCCUUCAGUAUGCCUUGAAAAUGUACUUACCGCCCACGGACGUCUUUUCGCCGACGACCACGCAGAAUCGUCGGGAGCUGCUUUACAGGCGCUGGGACUAUGCAGUGAAGAGGUGCUUGCAUUGGAACAACUAUGAGACUUACGAAGCCGAUGUUGAGCUCUUUGGCCAACGCGAACUUGAUCCCAAUUUACCCGUUCGUCGUUCUUUACCUGGCAGCUUGUUUCUGACCACAUCGUUUGCUCUGCUCCUGCUGGCCAACUAUCUAAAGAGCAAUCCCCUGAAAUAGUGGAGAAGCAGCAUGUUUAGCAGCAGCAGCAGCAGUUCAAUCUAGUCAGCUUUCAAAAUUUAUUGUUUAGUUUAGCUUGUAAUAUCUUAUUUAGUUCAUUUGAUAUUUGUAUAUAGAAUCCCAUUAGUUUUUGCCAGACUUGUAGAUCAAAAUAUUUGUGAUUCACCCCGUAUACACCACUAUAUUCUACAUAUAUACAUAGAUAUAUACAGUUUCGUAAGCUUACUAUCUGUUUUGUGCUUGAAAUCCUUGCUUAACCCCAAAGACAAUUGUUAAGGAAGAGCACAAAAGGUCGAGUAAAGCGGGUGAAUGUGGCAGCAAACUGUUGAAGAUUGUGUUUUACAGGAGAAGGAUGAGCACAAGUGGCCACUGAAAUCCAUUUGCCAGUUAAUUAGCUGGCUGGGCUCCUUCGCGGAGCAUGUAUUCAUCACCUGCACCAGGCACAUUGAAUGCAGCUCAAGUUAUUGCGCUUAUUGUUGACACGCGAAUCGUUGCGAGUGGGCCAGGAGCUGAAGGAGCUGCCGUAGCAGCUGUGCCCGUGCAUUUCCGCCUGCAGGCAAUGUGCACUUGAACGCGACUUCACCCCGGCCCCAGGAAGUGGGAGCAGGAGCAAGGUGAGCCCUUGGCUGUUGUCUCUGCUGCUCCUGCUGCACUUCGUUGUCGUUCGUCCAGCAGGCAGGCGAGGAGGCACUCAUUCAAAUGAGUUUUUAUGCGCGAGCGUUUGCCAAAUCACCUACGGCCCAAAGAGUGAGGCUUAUGAUAAGCAUUAGAGGGAGCUGUGAAGCGUUAACUAAAUAAUUUUUUGGGUUAAAUGAAAGUUCACUAUUAUUUUAAAAUGAAUUUCUGUAGUAAAUUAAUUAUAAUUGUAUUAAAACAUACAUUUAUUUUGCAUAUUAUAAGCAACUUAUGUAUACCAUAAUUGUAAUAAUUUAUUGAAUCAAAUAAAAAUAAGCCUUUAGCAAUCGAA